AAAAGAAAAAUUGAAACCAAAAGCGUUGACCGAUUCAAAUCAGAACAUUACAGGGUUUUCUUCGACAAAGGUAGUUUAACAUGUCACGCGACGAGAAACGAUAUGACGGAAAUGAAAAAGACGUUAUAUUCGUGAGACAGCCAAGCGACAUUGAUCCAUAUGAUGAUGAUCCAGAUGUUUUAAGAGCAGAAUUGUCCUGUGGUGACAUCACUGGUCCAGAUACACUGACGGAUUACUGCAGAAUACAGCUGACUGAUGGUAAAGCAGAGCUGAUAUGCCCAGUGUGUGGAGAUGUGUGGUCCUACAGUGAAGUUCGUAAACUAGCUAAACUGACACUUGAAGAACAAAAAUUCUUCGAGGAAACACUUGCCAACAACGCUACUAGAAAGGAAGUAGACAUCAAGAAUUGUCCUGGUUGUAACUGGUUCAUCGAGAGAACAGACUCAGCUAAUAUUUGUGUUGAAUGUACAGUGUGCUCUGCAAGAAAUGGCAAAACCUUUGAGUUCUGUUGGCAAUGUGAGAGAGAAUGGAAGGGUCAUCGUCCUCGAUCUGAUCGAUGUGACAAUGAAGCAUGCAGCAACAGAGAUCUGGAUUUGCUCAGAGAUUGUGGAACUAUCACUUUAACAGAUGCUAGUAAUAUUAUCUGUCCAGCUGUCCGUGCUUGUCCAACAUGUGGCUUACUGAUUUCACACAGCACAGAGCACUGUAAAAACAUUGUAUGCACUAGAUGCAAUAAAGAAUUCUGUUUUGUUUGUCUGAAGCUCACACCUGACUGUGUGAGUACAAGCGAUUACUUUAUUCUUUGUUCAGAUGGUGUGGCUCCACGACAAACAUCAAUUCCAUUUUGGAGAGAUAAGCAAUACAUUGCAGGCACACUGUGCAGUAGAGAUGCGUGAUUGAGCUAAAAUGUCACCCGCACCCGCUGCUUCAAAUAAAUUAUCCACGUAUAAUGGAUAAUUAAUCUGAUAGAUAUCGUAUAAUAUCGUAUCGUUUAAAGCACGUCUCUGAUAGAUAUCCGCAGUCCCCAACCCAAUCACAACACGAGGGUAGCACAAAUUGGCAGAACACCGGCACCCGAUCGACACUUUAAUUACUCUGAUUACAUCAUGCUUAAAACAAAGAAUUAGAUUCAGUUACGUUAGAACUAAUCUGUCAAUCUCUGAUAGUAAAAAAAUACGCUGAUCGUAAAAUGCUUUUAAAUGAACAUUUAUUUAUAAUACAAAAGUUUAUCUUUGGCCAGAUUAGCCUACACUUUUACGUCUUUACUCCCUUCAGAUUUUGAAUAUCGCCGUUUCUGUCAAUGCAACACGCAACACAGAAACACACACGAAUUACAGGAUAGGCCUACGGUAAAUUUUCUAGCCUUGUCUUUUUCAAGUAAAUUGUCAUAUAGGCUACUUUUACUAUAGUCUACUUUUGUGGCUUUCAUAUAGGCUAGGCCUACAUACAGUGCCCCACAGUCGUUGCAUAUUUAUGGAGGACUAAACCUGCAAAAAUUAUAAAUAAAUGAAUGUAUAAAUAAAUAAAUAUAUAAACGAAUAAAUGUAAUAAUAUGAAAAUAAAUACAGGAAUGAAUGGUUUGAUAAAACAAAAUAAUUCGUUUUAGCUAUUAUUGAUCUUAGCUUUAACUUUUCUUUUCAUUUUUUAAAUUGAUUUUUUAUUU